GCUGGGAUUUUUCUCAUUGGGAAGCGCUGGUGUAGCGGGAGCCCCGCCCCCUGCAUGGUGCCGCAGUGAGGCACUGGAGAGCCGGAUGGGGGCGGGGCCGUGAUGUCCAGAAGAGAAGACGAGCGACUUUACGUUUCCCCCCCCCCUGACGCCGCGCCGGCCUUACUCGCUCCUCCUACGUGCUCUCCAGGGUUUAUUGUCCUAGCUCCAUAGCAGCGACGACUAGUCGGAGCGCACUCUGGUUGGCCCCCUCACUUGUCUGUCACGGAGCAGCUACACGGAAGCGUGGCGCCGGCACUGUAAUCUGCCUAGCAACCGCGAAGCCGGCUUUAAAGCGGUAAUUUCGGUCCGGUCGGAGGCCGCUCUCUGCUCGCACCGCAAAGUUACGUCCGGGGCUCCCGCUCGGCUUGUAUCAGAGCCCAGGACUUCUGUGACCCAGGCGCCAGCCUCCACUCGGACACAAGCACGGAGUCCUCCUUGUGGCCGGACUCGGGGGAGGAGCCAGAUCCCCCCGCUGAGACUAGCACUAUGGCAGAUGAAGCAUGCCGGACACGUAGCCAAAAAAGGGCACUGGAGCGCGAGGGGACGCAAAACGAUAUAGACCAUAAAAAGUUAAAACUGGAGAAAGGGCUGUUAGAUGGAGAACUCCUCAUAAAGGCUGAGCCUGGGUCAGGAAAAGUAUCUGGUCUGCUGAAGGGCGGUGAGGUGAAAGCAACCAUCAAAGUGGAGGUACCAACUGGAGAUGAACCAAUGGAUAUGAGCACAUCAAAAAGUGACAUUAAGAGAGAGAAGAGGGUUCCUUCCCCAGAUGUCAUUGUUUUAUCUGAUAAUGAGCCUUCCAGUCCACGGAUGAAUGGUUUCAGCAGGCAAACAAAGGAGCCAAAUUCCGAAACUUUUUUGCUAAUGCAGAAAAGUAGCCCUGAAGAGAGAGAGCGAAUGAUCAAGCAACUGAAAGAGGAGUUACGGUUAGAGGAAGCUAAACUGGUGCUACUUAAAAAGCUCCGUCAUAGUCAGAUCCAGAAGGAAACUGCCCCACAGAAGGUAACAUCGCGUAUCUCUGGCACCGUGAUCCCUCCUCCUUUGGUACGAGGUGGGCAACAGGCGCCGGCCAAGCAAUCAACACAAAUAGUUAUGCCGCCUCUUGUGAGAGGAGCUCAGCCCAUUUCUGUCUCUCCUCAACAGAUGCACAAUAUCAGGCAGCAUCCAAGCACUGGUCCGCCUCCUUUACUUUUAGCACCUCGUGCGUCUGUUCCCAGUGUGCAGAUGCAAGGUCAGAGGAUCAUCCAGCAGGGAUUGAUACGUGUGGCCAAUGUGGCGAACACAAGUUUGCUGGUCAACAUACCACAGGCAUCCCCAACUUCUCUGAAGAGUUCAGCUGGAACAACAGGCAGCGUCACCAGCAUCUCAUCAAGCACUAAUGCUAACGACUCUCCUGCUAGCCGUCAAGCUGCUGCCAAGCUUGCCCUACGCAAGCAGUUGGAAAAGACCUUGCUGGAGAUUCCUCCCCCCAAACCACCUGCCCCAGAGCUCAACUUUCUUCCAAGUGCAGCCAACAAUGAGUUCAUCUAUCUGGUGGGACUAGAGGAGGUUGUGCAGAACUUGCUGGAGACGCAAGGUAAAACUGUGCCACCACCCUCUUCUCAUGAGCCUUAUAGUUGUGCCCAAUGCAAAACUGACUUCACCAGCCGCUGGAGGCAGGAGAAGAAUGGGACCAUCAUGUGUGAUGUGUGCAUGACCUCUAAUCAGAAGAAGUCUCUGAAAGCGGAGCACACUAACCGACUGAAGGCUGCAUUUGUGAAAGCUCUGCAGCAGGAGCAGGAAAUUGAGCAGAGGAUACUGCAGCAAAGCUCUUCCCCUGCACAGAUUAAGGCAGAGCAUCCUGUGCAGCACCAUUCUCUGAAACAGAGCCCCACACCUAUUUCCCGCGGAUUAUCGGGGACAACACGAGGCGUUCUGCAUACGUUCCCACCUUCGACCAAGCUGCCCAAUGCAGCCACCAUUGCCAAUAGAUCAGUGAAACCCGGAGAGCGUCCUUUGAACAAAAUUAAUCUGACACCUGGAAACUGGAAGAAGAGCCCAAUUAAUGCAGGGCAAACUGCUAAUCAAAGAGUCAUAGCGACACAACAAUCAAAGAAACAAUCAGUGGAGAUGCACAGGGGAGGGACAUUAGCCUUUGUGAACCCUGGCCUAGCUGUGCAUAAAACUGCUUCUGUGGACCGCCAACGGGAAUACCUCCUAGAUAUGAUUCCUUCCCGCUCAAUCACCCAAUCUUCUACGUGGAAAUAAUGAAUGCAUCAUCCUAAAGUGACAGAAAUAAAGACAAAUAAACACGAAGUUCGAGAGUCCAAAAAGCAAGAAAGGACUCUGUUCCCGCAUUGUCCUUUCCCUCCCAUCAUGUGUGGAAGUUAUCCUCUCCCAAUGCGUUUCAACACGGGAAGCUUGGUAGCAACCUGCAAAUGAGGUGUUGGGUGUGCUUUUUGUCCAGAAAGAGGAGCGCUGAGAAAAGAACAUAUAUAUAUAUUUUUUGUCUCUUCAGAUCUUGGGCUAGACUGGCAGAUGACAUGACUCCACAUACUACCCUUUGCCAUGCUCCAAAUGCAUACUACUUUCUGCCUUCAGGUCUAAUUUAACUAAAAAACAAUAGUAAAUUCCCUGUUCCACCUUUCACAGAGGCAUCACUGAUUUCGCCACCGUGGGAUUUGAAAGUGUAACUGGAUUAUAUAUAUAUAAUUUUUUGUUUUUUGUUAAAGGAGGUGGGAGCGGAUUGGUUUUUUCGCAUGGUUGAAUUUAUCAGGUCCACUUCUGAUUCUGGAGCAGAACAUAUCCAGUCAGAACAAAAUCAUUUGUUAAAUGCAACAAAUAUAGUUAUAUUUAAAUAGAUCUAUGACAAAAUAAAAGUUUAUGCCCACAAAGUUCCCUGCUGUGGGUUGUCCAUUCACGUGGAUUUUAUUAUCUGACUAAGGCUUUUUCUAUACAGCCUUUUACUAUCUAAUCCAGUUUGCUUUGUUUUCACUGGACUCAAGCUUCUGAAGGGUUAAAGGACAUGGAAGCUAAGGUGAGGUCUCUUUAUGCCUCCUGUUUAGGUAAAAUGCUGCAUUAUUCCAGAUUUUGGUUUUUCAGGCUGUUUCAGUAGCUUCCCUUAGUCUACUUUUCUGACACUGCAAAAAUUGUUGUACCAAUAAAAAAGGAAAGCGAAGUGGAGACAGUUUUUACACUUCAUCUAGCCACUGCACCCUCAUAAUUAACGGAUGACCCUUCUAUUCAGUGUAAAUCAUGCUCCUUGCGAAGGCCAUUGGAAGCACUGAUUUGGCAGGAAAAAAAAGUUUAAUUCCUUAUGUCCUCUGGGGGUAAACAAAUGUUCAUUUUAUCUUUCUGUUUUGUGGACAUAAAUGUUAAGUUACUUUUUGAUAUAUGCAGUUGCUUAGGGACUAGUUUAUUAUGUUUUUUCUCUUCUUUGUCCUGUGGGUGGGAAGGGAGAAUUUCUCUGUACAAUAUGAAAAACCCUAGAAUUUAAACUUGACUUUUUGUGUGUAUGAUAACUUAGCCGGCUGAAAGAAUAUAUUAUAUAUAUAAAAAUAUUUUUAUUUUUUUUUCCCGUUCCAAUAUGGAAGUCUGUUUUCAGGGGAAGGCUGAAUUUAAUUUCAAUUUCCUCUAUGGCUGAAAGCAGGCAUGGUCUUUAUUUAAUUUUCCUAAAGAAGCCUCGGUUUUCCCAUAUUUUAGCAAUAAGGCACUCAGGUGUUGAAGCUUAUUCAGGCAAUAUUAUGUAUUUCACAUGACCUACAAUUUCUGGGUACCUUAUUACUGUGCCCCAAACCCCACCAUAUGCACCUCUCAUCAGACUUUUUGUUUUUCCUUCUCUGUACUGAUAUUUAUUCCUUCUGCUAUACCAUUGUCUUUUUAGCAAUACUUUACAUUAUCCAGAGAAGCGCUUCCUUUUGAUCAUGGAUAGUAUACUUAUGAUCAUAAUCUUGUUUUGUUCUUCAUAUUCCAGCAUGGCUACAUCUCCUCUCCUUUAUCAAGAACACACUUUACCAGAAUGUUUUUUUUUUGUUUUUUUUUUGAACACUUAUCUUGAUUUUAGGGGUGCAAAUAUUUUGAUUCUAUGGAAUAAGCCUAGUGUGUGUGUGUGUGCGUGCCUGCCAGAAUGCGUGGAAUUGGGGGUGCCCCAUCACUGAUAGAGAACUAGCUGUUUCUAUUUAAUCACACUGGCCAGAACCGCAUUUCUGAAUAAUAUUAAUAAAUAACUAAGCCAACUA